UGUACGUAUACGUUAGUUAACCUUUAUAUACUCCUAAGGGCUUAUCCAAACACACUAAAUGAACCCACUGGAUUCAAUUAACCUUGGGAGUUAAUCUUCAUAAAAUGUGAAAUUGGACUGAAUUUCUAAUAUGCGAUACAAUGUCACAACAAUUUAGUAACAUUUUCCACUUGCGAUCUUUGACCAACCUGUUGAUUCUGGAACCAAUAAUUUGAAAGAGAAACCCAUAAAAUGAUUUUAGUUUUAAAUACAUUUAUUUUUGGUUUUUCAUGCAAAUGAUCGAAAUAAUUUAUGCCCACUGUGUAGCGUUUAGUACAAUUGACCUUGAUUGUAUUAACCUGAUCUCAAACAUGAUUCACUUGUUACUGUUUUUGUUGUUGCUAAUUCCUUGGCUUUCAUUGAUUCCCAUAGGUGCCAAUACAGCAAUCAGUUUUCUGGCGAAAUGUUAACAAUUGAAAACAAAAAUAAUGGAAUGUGUAAAAUGCAGUGGUUGAAUUUGGAAUGUUUGAUGGAAAAUUUGGACAUAGCCAAGCAUAUCUUAUCAUACCUGGAAUUGGACGACCACUUGAAUUUGUCACGUGCCUGUGAAAAUUUUAAAAAUAUAGUUUUGCAUUUUGUUUGGAAGCAAAUAUAUUGUCACGUGAAAAUCCUAAAGGAGUCCCGCAUAAGUCUUAUAACGGCCGUAUCCAGCGAACACGUGACCAAAAGAAGCCAUUUAUUGAAAACAAAUUAUUUGAAAGAGUUUCUAGCUCUAAAUACAGGCAAUAUCAAACAUUUUGAGUUACAAUGUGGAUGUGGUUCAUAUCAAGAUAUGGAAUAUUUGGGAUGCCACAAUGAUUUGCAAAAUUUAAAGACAUUAACAUCUCUCAGUUUGAUUGGUGUUAUCGUAUCGAAUUACGAUAUAAAAAUCGUAUCCGAAAAUUGUCCCAACUUAGAGGUGCUGUCGCUGGAAAAUUGUGUAAAUGCUAAACUACAAACCCUGAUUAUUGGCCACGACAUUAAUGUUAAAACUAUAGCUCAAAUUAGAAAUCUAAAGUCGUUUAGGGUAAUAAGUUCCACCCUUUACAAUUCAGACAUGCAUUUAUAUAAUUAUCGGCAUCUACGAGAUAUUGUACGAAAUUUACCCACUGAAGAAUUAUAUUUGAAUAUGGCCAUUUACUCAGAUGUCGAUGGAUAUUUAUGCAGUGAUUUUCGAAAGGAUAACAUUGCAAGUGCCAAAUACCUUAAGGAGAAUGAGGAGGAAGAAAACGAGAAAUCACAUCCAUGCGCAAUGGACCCAUUAAAAAAGCUGAGUGUACGGUUUUUUGUUCAAAAUGAAGAGUUUUGCAAAUUUACCAAAACGUUUUUAAAGUCAUUCCAAAGUUUAGCAGAACUUAGCAUUGGCGGUUACCCUCUUUCAUCUACAGUUAUUAUUAACGCGCAGUUUUUCGAUUUGAUCUCCACACAUUGUACACAACUUUGCAGUUUAUCCUUGGCAGACAUCCGUAUAAGUGAUUUUGUAAUACUAGCAAAUCUUCGUCAACUGAGCCUCAAGUGUUGCGAAGGUCUAUCUGCCACUCACCUCGAGAAAAUUCUUAAUGAAAUGAACCUUAGACAAUUUACCACGUUAAGGACGAAAUAUUCGGGAAAUUUCAGCCAAACAAUACAUUCGAAUUCAAUGCAGCAAUUGGAAUUGGAUUUAAAUGCUGAACAAUUUGUUAAUGCAUUCGAAAAAAGUUUUCCCAAUUUAAAAAUAUUGCAGUGGCCCAAUUGCUAUAAAAAUAUCAAAAAUCUUCAUCAGUAUAUGCCAAAUUUGAAAAUUCUUACUAUUACUGAAAAUGCUGCAAAUAUUCAAGACUUGCUGUGCCUUUCAAAACUACACGACUUAACACUCACCAAAUGUGGAAUGCUCAAUGAUUUUUCAAAACUUUUACAGCAUUCUGGAUUAAAAACUCUAUCACUGGAAGGUUACCCGGAGGAACCAAUUUCAUCAACAUGUUUAUCAACGCAUCUGAAAAAAUUGAAUAUUACCAAGAACUUGUUUAAAUUUUCAUUUAACACUUGGCUCGAUUUACUGUCUGAAAAUCCGCAAUUGGAGUUAACAGUAAACUGUGAUAUCCUCAAAGAACUCGUUGAACCUCCCUUCCUUUCUACUUUGAUUAACAACGAUAAAUUUCCAGCAAGAAUUAAAUCCAUACUCAUAUGCGGCAUAUUAUUUGAUUGCAAAGACUUAAGGAACUUCUUGGAUACUACUGUGAAGAAAAUUGACUUAAUCAAGAAACUAUUCGAGACCGGGAAAGAACCAUUUACUAUCGUGCUUUAAGAUGUUAAAAAUCUAUAUUUAACCAUGAAAUGACGGGGCUAACCACAAUAUAAAAAAUGUAGCUAUUUUAUUUUCUCGUCUUAUUUUUUUAAUUAUACGUAAAUACAUACAUAUAAAAA